UCGACUUCCGGCUUCGCAGCAGCGGGUGAGGCUAAGAUGGCUGAGGGGAAAGUCGCGAUGAGAACUCAGUUUCCUCCAUCUGCUGAAUCUCAAAAACCCCGGCUGAAAAAAGCCCCAGAGUUUCCUAUUUUGGAAAAGCAGAACUGGUUGAUACAUCUCCACUAUAUCCGGAAGGAUUAUGAAGCAUGCAAGGCUGUUAUCAAGGAGCAGCUUCAGGAGACUCAGGGGUUAUGUGAAUAUGCUAUCUAUGUCCAAGCAUUGAUACUUCGCCUGGAAGGAAAUAUCCAAGAAUCUCUGGACCUCUUUCAGACGUGCGCAGUUCUCAGCCCUCCGUGUGCUGACAACCUCAAGCAGGUGGCCAGAUCUCUAUUUCUUCUGGGAAAACAUAAAGCUGCCACUGAAGUAUAUAAUGAAGCAGCUAAACUUAACCAGAAAGACUGGGAGAUCUGCCAUAACCUAGGAGUUUGCUACAUUUAUCUGAAACAGUUCAACAAGGCACAAGACCAGCUGCACAAUGCCCUGCAUCUGAACAGGCAUGAUCUGACCUACAUAAUGCUGGGCAAGAUCCACCUGCUGGAGGGAGACCUGGACAAGGCCAUCGAAAUCUACAAGAAAGCAGUGGAGUUCUCCCCGGAAAACACAGAACUUCUUACAACUUUAGGAUUGCUCUACUUGCAGCUCGGCAUUUACCAGAAGGCAUUUGAACAUCUUGGAAAUGCACUGACUUAUGACCCUACCAACUACAAGGCCAUCUUGGCAGCAGGCAGCAUGAUGCAGACCCAUGGGGACUUUGAUGUUGCCCUCACCAAAUACAGAGUUGUCGCUUGUGCUGUUCCAGAAAGUCCUCCGCUCUGGAAUAACAUCGGAAUGUGUUUCUUUGGCAAGAAGAAAUACGUGGCAGCCAUCAGCUGCCUGAAACGAGCCAACUACUUGGCACCCUUCGACUGGAAGAUCCUGUACAACUUGGGCCUCGUGCACUUGACCAUGCAGCAGUACGCGUCGGCUUUCCACUUCCUCAGCGCCGCCAUCAACUUCCAGCCCAAGAUGGGGGAGCUCUACAUGCUCUUGGCUGUGGCUCUGACCAACCUGGAAGACACAGAGAAUGCCAGGAGAGCCUACACAGAGGCCGUGCGCCUGGACAAGUGUAACCCUCUAGUAAACCUGAACUACGCCGUGCUGCUGUACAACCAGGGCGAGAAGGGCGGCGCCCGGGCCCAGUACCAGGAGAUGGAGAAGAAAGUCAACAUGCUCAAGGACAGUAGCUCCCUGGACUUCGAUCCGGAGAUGGUUGAGGUGGCCCAGAAGUUGGGAGCUGCUCUCCAGGUUGGGGAGGCCCUGGUCUGGACUAAACCAGUUAAAGAUCCCAAAUCAAAGCACCGGACCGCUUCAACCAACAAAGCUACGAGUUUCCAGCAGCCUCUGGGCUCCAAUCAAGCUCUAGGACAGGCGAUGUCUUCAGCAGCUGCGUGCAGGAAGCCUCCCUCAGGUGCUGGAGGAACAUCCCAGCUCACAAAGCCACCGUCACUCCCUCUGGAGCCAGAGCCCCCUGUGGCAGCACAGCCACCUGAAGUGUCAGCACAAACAAGAGAAAAAUAGGGGGAGGAUGACCCCCCAGUCGGGGUUUCUUUGGCAAAGAUGUACCAGAUUAGGAAAGGUCCCAGGGUGCAGGCCGGGUGGAGCCCAGCGCGCUCCCUGGGCGUCACAGAUUAGAACGCAGAGUGUGUGAUGAUGAUCAUGAGGGGCCCCCGCCAGCUAGGAAGGAGGGAAGAUGGCCCAGAUAGGUUCUUUAAGAGGGGAGAGCAAGGCUUCUGGCUCUGUCAUGCAGUUCUGGGAGCCAGCAGGGCCUGGGACAGUGGCUGCUUUGGGAAGGACUAUCUCCUGGCUGACUGAUGCCUUCCUCUGUGGAAGGAAAAUCGGACACAGGCCCCUGCCCAGUAGCCUGGUCAGGAGGAAGCUUUGGCCUAGCCAAGGCAAACACAAAUCUUGGAUUAAUAAUCCAGCUCUAACAGUCUAAAUUUAAAAGAAAAAAAUAUGAAAAAAGCUCUUUAAGUUGGGGCCCAGCCUUUUGAGUAUCCCAGCUGCACUUACCCACGGGAAUCCAGAACACGUCCCUGCAGCUUGUUCUUGAGCGAGCACAGAGCCUGAUCCUGUCGGUGUGACGGAAGCAGAAACAGGGCUGGACUGGCAUCUGCAGCAAGGAUAAAGCAAGGGAGUUUCCUGACAGGGAUUUUUGACGAUCAGUCAAUACAUUCUAUCCUUUCAGAAUGGAGAUUGUGUAGCAUCCCUUUGGGGAAAGUUGUUAGUCAUGUAUGAAAAUAAGGAAUCACAAUAAAAACUUGAAACGAA